AUGGUGAUCCGACACUCCCAAUGUUAUGCCCUUCAACUAACUUUGCCCUGCAAAUCCUUCAGUUCUUGGAGUGUCUGGUACUCUGUAAACCCAAGCAGGAUGCGGCCCUUCUAUUUUCCACCUCCUGGAGAAACACUGCUUUGCCCAGUCCUUGCUGCAGAAACUCUGAUGGAUACACAGUGGUCCUCUGGAUAUUCAGAAACUCCCACCAGCUCUACGCAGACUGGCCAACAGACGUGGGUCUUGGCAGUUGUGGCCCCAACAUCUGGCGAGCCACAGACUUUACCACCCCAGCUGCAUGCUUACUUUGUUAUUUCUUUAGUAUCCUUGAAUAGAGAAGAAGCAACAACAAAAAAGAAAUCUGACUGCGAAUAG